CUCCACCGUUGCACUCGGUUACCGUGGGACGCGCUUCAAACGCUGGUCGUCGACGAACCACGUCCAUCCCGGUUUAGCGCCGUUCACAUUGUUCAUCUCGCAGCAUCUCGCAUCCCUCGCCAAAAUCUUCGAAAAUUACCCAAAGUAGAAUAGUUUGUGCUCCUUAUCCGGCCAACCAUCUCCUCUGCUUUUCUCCUGCACGUGCACAUCGCGUUCCUCCGCAGAAGAAACACCUUACUCGCUUCAUCUCACCUCAUCUCGUCGCCUUUCCGCCGCUCUGUCGGAAGAACCUUAUUCCUUGACAGCUGGUCGGAAAGAUCAACCGAGAUGGCCAGCGCAGAAAACGCAAAGGUCAAUGCAAGUAUCGCCUUGGAGCAGCGAGAGACGGAUCCGUCGCUUACGAGUUCUUAUGAUCCCGAAGGUCUUAAGGUGUUGAAUCGCGGGAAGAAGACGUCGGAGGGUGUUCAGCGUCGUCUCAAGGCUCGUCAUUUACAGAUGAUCGCGAUUGGUGGGACGAUUGGUACGGGUCUCUUCAUCGGUAUCGGAACCGCAAUCGUGAAUGCUGGUCCCGUGGGAGCGUUGAUUGCGUAUAUCUUUAUCGGAACGGUCGUGUACUCCGUUAUGCAAUCCCUCGGUGAGAUGGCGACGUACAUCCCCGUGUCGGGUGCGUUCACAUCGUACGCGACGCGGUUCAUUAGUCCCGCGUUUGGAUUCUCGAUGGGGUGGCUGUAUUGGAUUAAUUGGGCGAUUACGUUUGCGGCGGAGUUGACGGCGUGUGGGUUGGUUAUUCAGUAUUGGACGAAUUUGAAUGUGGGCAUCUGGAUUGGGGUGUUUUGGGUUGUGUUGACGGGGGCUAACUUUCUCGGUGUCGAGUGGUACGGGGAGAUUGAGUUUUGGGUUGCGUCGGUUAAGGUCGUUACGGUUGUUGGGUUCCUCAUCCUCGGACUCAUCCUCGAUUGCGGAGGAGGGGACGAUGGUGCCGUUGGGUUCAGGUACUGGCGGAAUCCGGGACCGUUCAACAAUUACCUCGUCGAGAGUCACGAUGUGGGCAAGUUCUUGGGAUUCUGGGUCACGCUCAUCCAAGCCAUUUUCUCUUUCCAGGGAACCGAGUUGGUCGGCGUCACGGCCGGCGAGACCGCGAACCCGAGGAAAAACGUACCCAAAGCCAUCCGUAAGGUGUUUUGGCGGAUCUUGCUGUUUUACGUUGGUACGGUGUUUUUUAUUGGGUUGUUGGUUCCGUCGAAUGAUCCUCGAUUGGGAACGGGUGCGUCGGAUGCUUCUGCUUCGCCGUUCGUGAUUGCGAUUCAGAGGGCGGGGAUUAAGGCUUUGCCGGAUAUUAUCAAUGCGGUUAUUCUUAUGACCGUUAUCUCCGCCGGUAACUCGAACGUGUAUGCCGGGUCGCGUACCCUCCUCGCCCUCGCCAACGUCGGUUUCGCACCCAAGAUCCUCGGAAGGACGGAUUCGAGGGGUGUCCCCUACGUCGCUGUCAUGGCGACUGCUUCGAUCGGGUUGUUGGCGUUUUUGAAUUUGUCGAAUGAUGGUAUUACAGUGUUUAACUGGUUCGUCAAUAUCUCUGCGUUGGCUGGGUUGAUUUGUUGGGGAUUGGUGAAUUGGGCGCAUAUCCGGUUCAUGGCCGCUCUUCGUCACCGCGGCGUCUCGCGAGGGUCUUUACCGUUCAAAGCGAUGCUGCAACCGUGGUUUGCGUAUUAUGGACUCUUUUGGUGUGUACUCAUCACGAUUACGCAAGGGUUUAGUGCGUUCUGGGAUUUCGAUGCGAGCAAGUUCUUUACGGCGUAUAUCUGUUUGAUCAUUUUUGUGGUGUGGACGAUCGGGUACUAUAUUUAUGAGAGGCCGGAGAAGGGGAGGUGGUUGGUGCCGGUUGAGGAGAUGGAUUUGGAUUCGGGGAGGAGGGAGGCGGAUGAGGAUGUUUGGGUGGAUGAUGCGCCGAAGAACUUGUGGGGGAAGUUCUGGGAGUUCGUUCUGUGAGUGUUGUUCAGGAGUGUAUGUUGCCGCGAUGGGUUGAGGAGCGAGGUUGGGUUAGGGUUAGGGUUAGGGUUAGGGUUAGGGUUAGGGUUAGGGUUAGGGUUAGGGUUAGGGUUAGGGUUAGGGUUAGGGUUAGGGUUAGGGUUAGGGUUAGGGUUAGGGUUAGGGUUAGGGUUAGGGUUAGGGUUAGGGUU